GAUCGGCCCCCACUUCGCGUCAAACGGUCGGACACGGUACGGAGGCGAGCACAAGCGAGCAAUUCUUUGACGUGCAUCAGCUAACUUCCAUCCAUUCUCUCCUGUAUUCUCCCGUAAAGCGUGCUCUUCGUUUUUUUUUCCUUUCGUUAUAGUUAAGUCUUUCAAUCCCCACUCCAAGUUUCUUCCUCUCCGUGCCGGUUAUCCGACCACUAACAACAGUAGCGACUCCAUCGACACCCCGAAGAACGUAACCCUCUUGCGAGUACGCAAGAGUACAUGCGAGCAUAAGCGAGUACACGCGAGAAAACUCCUCGAACGAUAUCACCAGCCAAGUAGCCGGUGAGACGGUCAGUUAAUAUCGACUACAGUUAACGAGACUUGGAUCUUAGUCGUUGGCGUGCCGUUGCUUUCAGUCGACGACGGAACAGCCACGCGGAGAACAUUUCUCUCUCCUUCUCUAUCUUUCUAUCUUUGAAACGGUGCUCGAGUGGACUGCGAGGCGCCAUGAAAAUCAUCGCUUUAAUCGCAUUCCUAAUGGCCAUCCUGAUGGGUGUCACGGCCCAGAAUUAUAGGCAAUUCUAUGCUGGUUUCGGGCCUUACUUUCAACAGAGCGCAGGAUUGCGGGAUCCAAGAUCAAACAGAGGUCCAAUUCUUUUCCCGCCUGGUCCAGAACCGAACCGCGCUGACACGAGCGGUGUGAUCGUAGGUGCGAGUGGAUACGGAUUCGUACCACCGAAUACAGGCUUCCUAGGUUAUUACUAUUAUUAAAUCAAGCUGAACAAGAUGGGAUAAUGAACAUAGGUGUUCUCCUAGAAGACAACAAAGAAGUAGUAUGGAACUAUCGUGUCGCGAUAUGCUCAUUUAACAAGCGAAUAUAUUAAGAAGUACGUAAAAUUAGAUUCUUGCCAUUGAGCAAUGAACAUGGAAAAACGAAGGAAGA